CCACAGUCCCACAAGAUGAGCGCCCUUGAUGGAGUGGAGUUCAAGCUGCCCAAGGGCUUCCCGACAGGCCCCGAGCCCCUGCCCACGCCAGAGCUCAGUGUCCCAGCCUGCAGGGAGCUUCUCCUGGGCUCCUUGCACGACUUCGGCCUGGAGCGCAGGGCGCUGCUGUGGGUGGAGGCGGCCUCGCGGGGGCGCUGCCCCGGCCCGCGCGGGGACCCGGCCACCGCCACCGCUACCGCGCCGCCCGCCUGGCUUCUGCUGCUCAGCUCCGAGCCUGGGCGGGUCCCCGCGCCCCCCGACGACGCGGUCCGGGACGAGGAGGCCCAGGAGGAGGAGGAGGAGGAGGACGAGGAGGAUUGCGAGGAGGAUGGUGCCCCUCCGGCCGGCCAGGCGGAGCCGCCGCCCCGCAGCCCCUCGGGCCCCCCCGGAGCCCCCCGCCGGGGCUCGCUGGACGCGCUGCGCCGGGAGCUGCGGGGGGCGCGACGGCGGCUGUCGGGGGGGCCCCGGGCCCUGCUGCUCCGCCUGCGCCGCCUGCGCCUCGCCGGGGCCCCCGCGCCGCUCCUCGGCCCACACGCCUGCCCGCCCCCUCCGGAGGGUCCCCCCCAGCCCCCCAGCGCCCCUGGGCUGCACCCCGACUCUGCCGGCCUGCUGUCCGCCCUGAGCCGGGAGGAGCAAGACCUCAUUGGGCCGGUGGUGGCCCUGGGGUACCCGCUGCACAGGGCCAUGGGGGCUCUGCAGAAGACGGGCUGCAGGAGCCCCAGCCAGUUUCUCGGCUACCUGGGCGCGUGUGACCGGCUGCAGGGUCUGGGCUUCCCGGAGGGGCAGGUGGAAGAGGCCAUGGAGAUGUUCCAGUUCCAGGAGCUCCAGGCGGCCGAGUUCCUGCGCCUCUGGGAGCAGCUCAGUGACAUGGGUUUCGAGCAGGACCGCGUGAAGGCAGCGCUGCUGGUGGCCGGGAACCACGGGGAGCAGGCGCUGGAGGAGCUGGUGGCCUGUGCCCCGUGACAAGGACACCUGGGGACAGUGACCCAGGCCAGGCCUCAGCCGGCCUGCGAGCCCUCUGUCUCUGUCUUUGUUUCCGCGUCCGAAGAAUAAAGUCUCCACAGAAUGUC